CAGUGACACAGUUAUCAUUCAGAAAUCAUGCGGUCCUCCCAAGCCUUGUUGCGGCUCGCCGGUGGUGCUGCUUCAGCACUGCUUGCUGCAGCAGCUUGCCUGUACUUCUUUGCCGACUUGCUACCGCAAGUUGUGGCGGGGCAUUUCCUCAAAGCUUUGCACUUUACAGCUGAAUGCAUCUUGCUUGGGGGAGCAGGCGUUGCAGGCGUUUUGGCCGAAAUCAGGCCGCACCCGAUGGUCUCGGAAAACUUCCCGUACUUGACACGGCUCAGUGGCCGAAGUGUCGUUUACAUCUUCUUCGGCGCGUACAUCAUUGGCCGACAAGAAGGCAAUGGCUGGUGGCGAAGUUUCGAUAUUUUCGUUGGCGCCGUUUGCUUGGCUGUGGCCACUGCAGGAAUGGUCUUUGCCCGGCGUCUUAGCAGCCUUCCACCACAGCUAUCAGAGUCCUUGGGGCGGGAGAUGCAUUCAGCCUCGACCCAGUCGACCGAGCAAAUGGCUUCAUGAAGUGAGACAAGAGACAUCAAGACAAGUGAAGACAAAGUUGCAUCAGGGAAGCCUUUGUUACUAGCAGCUUCUUGUUCCUAGUAGUAAUGCCAGGAGCUACCUAGCGAUGCACCUGCGUUGCGUUGUUUAAGUCAGUCAGAAUCGAUGCAAGAGGCAAUUGUGGCAACAUACAAUUGUGG